UUAGAAAAAGAAGUAUUGUAUUGAAAAAGAAGAGAAAUUUUAGAAAAAAAGGUAUUGUUGGAAAAAGUAAAAGAAUUUAAAGAGAAAAUUAAAUAAAAAGAAGAGAUUGGUCUGAAAAAAAAAAAGAAGUUAAAAAGAAGAUAUUUGAUUGAAAAAAGUGAUAGAAAGUAAAAGAGAUUUGAAAAAAAUAUUGUUGAGUAAAAUUUGAAGAAAAGAAGAUAAAAAUGUCAGGUUCAGAUUUUUCAGCUGAGUUUUUCAGUGACGAAGAAAAUAAGGCAUUUGAUAAGAUUUUGAGACAACUUCGCUCCUUUGAGCGCUCCGUGGCUCAAAGUUUUCGCCACGUGGAAGAAAGAUUAGACUUGAUUGAGAAAAGUGCUAAAAAGAAUAUAGAUGGCCUUACAGAGACUAAAGGCUCAAUAACAAACUUACGUAAAAAUAUUACAGACUUUCAAAAGAGUUUUGAAGAGAAAAUGGAUAAAAUUGUUAAAUUAAGGAAAAUAAGUAAAAAUAAGAAAUUUGAAAAUUUUGAUGAGGAAGAAGACAGUUAUGAAGUCGGUUCGGAUUUAACCAUUCGUGAGGCGAAUGAGACUGAUAAUAAUUAUAUUAGACAUAAUAGAGAAGCUUAUGUUACUGACCCAUUUAUAGGAAAUGGAGUAUUUAUGGUGGGAACAUUUGACGGAAAUCCCACUGUAUCCUUCACUAAGUGGAUAGAGAAAUUUAAGGACGUUUUAUCUUUGAUGAUGGAGCCUACAGAAGCGCAAAAAUUAUUGCGUUUACGCUUUUGCUUGGCGGGUCAAGCACGGAUGGCGUUUGAUGAAUUAAACCCCCAACCUAAUACGUUGGCAGAGGCAAUUACAGCUCUAAGAAGAAAAUUUGAGAACGGCAAUAGUAAAAUAAUUGCUCGUCAAAAAUUAUCAAAUUGUAGACAAGCUCCAGGCGAAUCAGUAUUUGAAUUCGCAAAUCGUCUAUCGGAUACUGUACGCACAGCCCUCUCGGGUGAAGAGGAGGAAACUAUUAAAAAACGUCUUUUAGAUGAAUUUUUGGAUAGACUUUUACCGGAUCUACAGUUCGAGGUCAAGGCCCAAAGGCCGCUUGAAUUUAAUAAUGCCUAUGAAAUAGCUCAGAAUUAUGAACUGCUGCUUGCAGCAAGAAAAGCUAACUAUAAUAAUAUUUCGGUUGCUAGUUUGACAGAAAAAGUAGAGACCCCAACAGUUUGGGAGUUUUGA